AUGGAAGGUCCUACUGUGUCCGACUUUGAUGCCGAUCAAAUCCUCGGGGAGGCCACCUGUGCGAUUUGCCAAGAGGUCAUGCACCGGGCCACGAGUGUCCAACCGUGCAUGCAUAGUUUUUGCAGCUCCUGUCUUGGUGGAUGGCUGAAAAGGCCUGGAGACAAGCUGCCAAGGUGUCCCGUUUGCCGACAAGCUGUGGCAGCGGUUGGAAAGAACCAUGUCCUCGAUAGCUUGAUCGAGAAAAUCCUCAAGGCACAUCCGGAUAAGAUGCGCUCUGUCGCUGCAUUGGCGGAUCUUGAUAGCAGGGAUCCUUUAUAUGACAAUGGCUACGAUUUGGUCAAGCUCCGGGGGGGUGGGGGCGUAGCAGCAGGCUUUGCCCGAUUGACAGUGGCAGCAGCUGCAGCUGCGGAAGCGAUGGAUGCCGAAAGUGAGCACAGCCAGUCUGAGUUUUCUUCCAGCGAGGAAGAGGCAGAGGUGGAAGAGCAUGCAUGGGCAGAGCCUGGCGCUGUGAGGCCCGCGUGUCGCCUUUGUGGAGUUCCUGCUUGGAGACCCUUGCGCUCAGCUUCAGAAACCAUUGCAAAUCCCUUGUCAGCGACUUUUCUGACGAAAACGGCACUUGCAAACAAUACCUUCGAACAAGAGAUUCUGCAGGAGUGGCUUCAUACAAAGGGUCUGAGUCUACAGCAGGCAAUCAUUGACUUGCUGGCAAACCCUAAUCCUGAAGGAGUUCCUGCAGUCCGUUGGCAUGCUCCCUUUGGAGGAGGUCCAGAUUUCCUCCAUUCUCCUGAGGCAUGGACAGAUAUUCCAUCAUGCAAACCCUGCAGUCAGAACGUUUUGCGGGGAGUUGUGUACUCCAUUCGUGAACGCAUAGCAGCUGAGGAGUUGCCAGAGCGGGCACGAGGUCGAGGCAACUGUUGGUACGGAAGAUGCUGCCGUACGCAAAGCCACAAGCGCCACCACGCAGAGCGAUUGAACCAUAUUUGUGAGCAGACCCGCCGCUAA